AAUAAAUGGAAGCUGAAGAUCAAACUGUUCAAGAAAAGAAUGACCAAAUUAUCCAGCAAGAGAAGUAUAUUCUUGUCAAAAAUAACGAGGAAAAGUACCAGAGAUGCUGCAGUAUUUACUACAAUGCACUUUCAGACAAAAUUGGAGCUAGACUACCCGAUCUAGGAUAUGAUGGACACUGAGUAGACCAUUGGCUUGAAAUAAAUUUUUCUUAUCCUGAAUAUAUGGAAUUUACCAGAAAAAUGAGGUUUCUAGAGUUUUCCAAUGUGACUGAGGUCGAAUUGCAUAUAGGCAAAAUGAGGAAUUAAGCAUAUUCUGAACUUUAUAGACUUCUCGUUCCCCAAUAAAACUAAUGAGCUAUAUAUUUAUCUUUCCCUUAAAAUUAAGCUGGAUAGAGCUAUUUAUUUCAACUCAUUGGUCAGGAUCAGCUCCAAAGUAAUCGAAAGAGUGGAGUUCAAUAAUUUCUUUCUUAGCCUUCGUCAACUGAAGAGGUUGGUGGCAGCUUACAGGCAUGUAAAAGAAUUUAGCGCUAAUUAUUGAGUGCUGUUCAUUCCAACAAUUCCUGAUUUCUCAAACGCUCUUAAGAAUUGUCAAAUUCAGGAAAUAGAUUUAUGAAACUCAGGAGGCUAUUGCUACAGCAAUUGGGAAAAGCAUUCUGAAGAGUUCAUAAAUUUGAUACAAGGCUUCGGAACUUCUUCAGAUUUAAGGCUGAGUCUCAGGAAAGUAGAUAUUGGAGGUUGUGGAAUAAAGCACAAAGAAGCUCAGAAAAUCUUUGCAUACAAUCAGCUUGAAGGAGUAGAAAUAAUUGGUGGAUCUUAA